AUGAAGUUUGGGGUACAAAACGAAGCAAGUGUGGUCAAACAGAUGAGGGGCCAAAAAAGGACAAUGGAAGAAGGAUCCAGAGACUGGAAAUUCCAGAACUUCUCUCUACCAAAAAAUAGGUUGUGGCCACACAUCAGUAGCACCAAAGGCUGGUAUCAGACAAUUCUUGAGCCUCUUCCAGAUCACAGAAGGAACUUUGCUGAGGUCCUCGAUGCAGGGAAAUGCCACAGUGAUGAUGACUAUGAAGACCCUGAGCUCCAGCUGCUAACGGCAUGGCCGUCAAUGAAGAUUUUACCAUCCCGGCCCAUAAAGGAAUCUGAAUAUGCAGAUACCCACUAUUUCAAGGAUGCGGUGGAGGCUCCUCUUCUAUUGCAUGCCAAGACUUCUGUCCCUGCUGAGAGGCAAACCUGGAACGCAGGGAUGAAGCUUCGGGAAGAAGUGGACAAACCCAUCUCCAAAGAUGUCAGAAGCCAACAUUUUAAAGGGACAAAAUCCACAAAGGUGAACAAGGUCCCUUUGCCGCCUCCUCGACCCGUCAUCACUCUCCCCAAGAAGUACCAGCCCUUACCGCCAGCACCAGCGGAGGAGAGCAGCACACCCUCCCCUCAGAGACACAUCUUUCCAGAGGUCCAGCCGGGACCCAGGUCCUCGGAGCAGAAAAAGGCAAAGGCAGAAUUUUCUCACCCAUUACGAAACCAAAGCACUCAGAAGAGUCCACCUGCCAUGUCCAGCCCUUCCUUUAUACCAGGCAAGCAUGAUGUACAAGACAGAGACCAUAUGGGCACCAUGCAAUCCUGUCCUCAGAGAUGCCAGCCUCCAGUCUGCCAUGGUUCCCAUGAAUAUGCACUGCCCUAUGAAAACACAGUCCAGGGAAAACCGGCCUCCGGAAGGCCUGACAGGAAGGAUAUCCAGAAGAAUGAAUGGUACGUUGGAGAAAGCAGCCGCCAGGCAGUAGAGGAGGCGCUAAUGAGACAGGACAAGGAUGGUACUUUUGUGGUCCGAGAUUGUUCCACAAAGUCCGCAGCAGAACCCUAUGUCUUGGUGGUGUUUUGGGGGAACAAAGUCUACAAUGUGAAAAUCCGCUUCCUGGAGAGGAAUCAGCAGUUUGCCCUGGGGACAGGACUCAGAGGAAAUGAGAAGUUCGAUUCCAUUGAAGAUAUCAUUAAUCACUACAAGUCUUUUCCUAUUAUACUAAUUGAUGGGAAAGACAAAGCUGGGGUACACCGGCAACGGUGCUACCUUACCCAGUCACUGCCUUUCACUGGGCACCUCCCACCUCCGUAG